UUUUUUGUAGUGCAAAGUUUAAAGUCUGAAGUUGAAGUAUUUUGAAUAAAAGUGUUUGUGUGCUCUCUUAAGCACUUGUGUUGAAUUUAUUUCACAAUUCAACCCUUCCAACCAAAUAUUCUGGGAUUAAACAAUUGGACUUCGAUGGAGUGCUCAUCAGAGCUUUGGCGGCAAACGAAUCUACAGUCAAAAAUUGGCGCUCUAAAAUUUAUUGGCGCUACUGUCCUCCUAGUUACUUCGGUAGGACAUAACACACAUUCUGGGAACGUAACUUACUGUAACUUACGACGUGACGUGUAUCUACACAACCACAUUUUUAUUAUUUCUUUCUCAAAGCAAUAACCGAGGAGGUUUUCACACUGAGUUGAAUCAAAUCCAUCAAGAUUUUACGAAAAAAGAAGUAUGAGUAUUAGUUCUGUUCUUACGUUGAGUAAUUGGAAAAGUAAUAAAAACGAUCAAGCCAUGCCGAGUUUAAUUUCUAGUAAUUGUGAGUCAUCAAGUAAAUCCAUGGAAGAGACCCUCGAAGAGACCAUCGGGGCCCAGCAAUACUACUCCAUAACGCUGGGUGUGGGGCCUCUGUGGGGUCCUGAUGCGCCCCAUGCCGCAUUGUCUGUAUCUGCAGUCAACACAGAGAGCCGCGGCGUGGGGAUUAAACAGAGUCAGCUCUCUGUGAGCUCACACAUUGUUUCAGAGGAGGAAUUAUUGAAAGCUAUUAAGGAUAAUGAGUCGCUACGUUUGAAGUUCACUCUACAUUUAACUGAGACAACUUCAGUCGAAUGGGAGACACUGAUAUGGCGAGGUACACUCUAUAUCGGGGUGCCAAGCUGUCUUCUUCCCGAGGGCUCCAAGGAGGGCUUCGUGUCGCUCUUGGAGUACGCAGAGGAGGUACUUCGGUGCAACAACAUUGUCGUUUGUCUACGCAAAGAUCGUUCUGAUCGAGCAAUGCUGGUUCGUACCUUCAUGUUCCUGGGUUUCAACGUCCUGCCCCCGAAUCACGCACUUGUUCCACCCAAUUGCGAUUCGGGUAAUCUCUACAUGUUGUACACUGUCGAGUAAUUCAUCAAACUCCCGAAUUUAUCCCUUCGAAAAUUCAUAACCAACUGAAGAAAAAAAAAUCCUCUACAUCAAAGAAGAAUUAUUACAAUUUUCAUUUCUGCUGCGUGCGCAUGUGCUGUAGUUCUCGAUACAAUCAACAUUGUCGAAAAUUACUGAGCAGCAUCGUUAUUUUCUCCGUUUGGAAAAAAAUUUAAUUUUUGUCAUUCCGGCCGUAAGGCAGCGUUUCACGGACGCUCUGCUUCGCUCCGCA